AUGAAGGAGCUAGACACGCUAAUGCGGAACUUCAUCUAUGACAGUAACGGGAGAGGAGGAAAGAAAAUCAAAAGGACUGCACUCUGUAAGCCUAAAGAGGAGGGAGGCAUUGACCUGAAGAACUGCGUCGAGUGGAAUAAGGCUCUAACAUUCAAGCAUAUGUGGGCAUUGGAAAGCAAACAAGAAUCAUUAUGGAUCAAAUUGUUCAUCCUUUGGCUUGCAUUCUGGAAAAGACUCAACAAUCCUGACCGUAUUAGUAUGUAUAUGAACAUCCCGGACGUGAGUUGUCUUAUAUGCAACGAAAAUGAAGAAACCAUCGAUCACUUGUUUGGGAGCUGUAGUAUAGCAUUGGAAAAUUGGGACAAAUUUUCUAGAAGUCUGGAGCUGAUCAUUUUUCCGAAGGAAUGGAAAGAAAUCAAAGAAGCAACACUAAUAAAAGCUAAAGGAAACAAAUUUGCAACAAAUGUAUUCAAGUGCGGUUUUGGAGCAGUAGUUUACAAUAUUUGGCAGGAAUGUAAUGCGAGAGUCUAUGAAAGAACCCGUAGAAGUGUUGAAGAAUUAUGGAGAGACAUAGUCUCGGAUUGUGGUGCAAUUGCGUGA